UUUAUCCCACCAUCAACUGCCACUCUCCAUUGUGAAUGUCUCGACUCCCAUGCCCGCGUCAGCUCCCAUCCCAGUAGCCCACUUCCCACUAACUUCCCACCAUCCAAGAUGAGCGUCCCAAUUCAGCCCGCCUCCAACCCCACCCUAUCCCGCAAUCCUCCGCAAUCCCCCCCAGCCCAACAUUUCCGCUCUCAACCCGCGGCCGGCGCCGUCUCACCCCUCAACAACAUCCCCACUGACAUCGCCACCCACCGCGCACUCCUCUUCGCACUUGACACCCCCGUGCAACUCACGCCCGCCGUCUGGGACCGCUUCUGGCCAUACAUCGAUAAUGUCUGGUGCGUGCAUCAGAAACCGCACCCGUCCUCCUCCACCGGCAUCGCUAAGAUCUACGGCGGCUGUCGACUAAACCGCAAGACCAAUUUCCCACCGCCGGUGAUUCACGAGCACUCACGACCCCGGCAAAGGCGCGAAGGCGGGACAUGCAAGGCAAAGUUUAGGCUGACGCUGUAUCCCGAUGGUCGUAGGGUUGUGGAACGCAUGGGCGAGGGCCAUUCGCAUACCCUCGAACAUAUUGAUUCGAUUAAGCGGAAUACCGGCGUGCGGAACCUUGUGCUGGAUGAUUUUUUCAAGUCCUGGGAAGCUGGAGGCAUUCUCGCAUUCCUGCGAGACACUUCUGCAGCCGGCGACCCUGAAAAAGAUGCAUUAAAAGAUGCCGGGGGUUUAUAUUUGUCGCGUCAGGAGGUCCAAAACAUUCUCAAUGGCGCGCUCAAGAAAGCGUAUCCGGGGCAGGAUAUCUCGGAGGUUAAGAAGCAGAUGGAUAAGUAUAAGAAUUACACGACAUGUAAUUUUAAGGGUUGCAAUGCGCCCGCGUUUCCGGAUAUAAAGACGUUGAUGGAACAUAGGCGGAGUGUGCAUGGGUUGAAGAGUCAUGAUCAUAGUGACAAGGUGUAUAGUUGUCCAGAUAAGGGAUGUUGGAGGAGGAAGAAAAGUAAGGGGUUUGCGACGUUGUUGGGGUUGGAGGAACAUGUUAGAGAGAAACAUGGGAGUGGGAGUCAGAUCCAAGGAAUGCAGGGCCAGGGUGAUGGUCUCCUCGAUCCGAUUCUGGCGAAUCAGCUCAGUGGGAUCGGGAAUUUGAAUCUUCCGCUCAAUAUCAAUAUGUCGAAUCUCGCCCCCGUGAUAGCGAACCUUGGUUCUCUGCCUCUUUUGUCAGAUCCGAUCACCCCUGAUUCUUCGGGCGAGGAACAGGGACAGGUGCAGGAUAUGAUAACAGAGUCACAGGGUGUGGAGGAGGCGAGUAGGGCGCUGAGCCAUAUGGAAAAAGAGGGGAUGAAAAUUAGGAUUAAGAGGUUGAUGAUUGAGAGGCAAAAGUUGGAUACCGAGAUUAAGAGGCUGAACAAGGCGGUUUGGGGAGAUGAGAGGGGCGAGAUGGUUCCACAGGAAUUGUUAGAGGAGCAUGGAAAUGCUGUUGGGGAUGGAGGUGUAGGCUGAAGGGAUGGUAGAAUGGUAAGCAAAAUAGAACUGGUAAAAAGGGACGCCCGAUUCCGAGACACAUCGGCGAGUAUCCGUGUUGCAGGAAGAUAAUGCUCUAUCGCUCGAGAAAGCACACUCCUACGCCGUGUCCUUUGACACGCAUCGUUGA